AUGGAAUCUCGGGCCGCCGCCGCCAGCGCCUUCUACCGGCAGGACCCGGAUCCGCCGCUCCCUCCCAUGGAAUCUCGAGCCGCCGCCGCCGCCAGCGCCAUCUACCGGCAGGACCCGGAUCCGCCGCUCCCUCCCAUGGAAUCUCGGGCCGCCGCCGCCAGCGCCAUCUACCGGCAGGACCCGGAUCCGCCGCUCCCUCCCAUGGAAUCUCGAGCCGCCGCCGCCAGCGCCAUCUACCGGCAGGACCCGGAUCCGCCGCCCGUCCCAUGGAAUCUCGGGCCGCCGCCGCCAGCGCCUUCUACCGGCAGGACCCGGAUCCGCCGCUCCCUCCCAUGGAAUCUCGAGCCGCCGCCGCCGCCAGCGCCAUCUACCGGCAGGACCCGGAUCCGCCGCCCGUCCCAUGGAAUCUCGGGCCGCCGCCGCCAGCGCCACCUACCGGCAGGACCCGGAUCCGCCGCUCCCUCCCAUGGAAUCUCGAGCCGCCGCCGCCAGCGCCAUCUACCGGCAGGACCCGGAUCCGCCGCUCCCUCCCAUGGAAUCUCGAGCCGCCGCCGCCAGCGCCAUCUAACGGCAGGACCCGGAUCCGCCGCCCGUCCCAUGGAAUCUCGAGCCGCCGCCGCCAGCGCCACCUACCGGCAGGACCCGGAUCCGCCGCUCCCUCCCAUGGAAUCUCGGGCCGCCGCCGCCAGCGCCAUCUACCGGCAGGACCCGGAUCCGCCGCUCCCUCCCAUGGAAUCUCGAGCCGCCGCCGCCAGCGCCAUCUACCGGCAGGACCCGGAUCCGCCGCCCGUCCCAUGGAAUCUCGGGCCGCCGCCGCCAGCGCCUUCUACCGGCAGGACCCGGAUCCGCCGCUCCCUCCCAUGGAAUCUCGAGCCGCCGCCGCCGCCAGCGCCAUCUACCGGCAGGACCCGGAUCCGCCGCCCGUCCCAUGGAAUCUCGGGCCGCCGCCGCCAGCGCCACCUACCGGCAGGACCCGGAUCCGCCGCUCCCUCCCAUGGAAUCUCGAGCCGCCGCCGCCAGCGCCAUCUACCGGCAGGACCCGGAUCCGCCGCUCCCUCCCAUGGAAUCUCGAGCCGCCGCCGCCAGCGCCAUCUACCGGCAGGACCCGGAUCCGCCGCUCCCUCCCAUGGAAUCUCGAGCCGCCGCCGCCAGCGCCAUCUAACGGCAGGACCCGGAUCCGCCGCCCGUCCCAUGGAAUCUCGGGCCGCCGCCGCCAGCGCCUUCUACCGGCAGGACCCGGAUCCGCCGCUCCCUCCCAUGGAAUCUCGAGCCGCCGCCGCCAGCGCCAUCUACCGGCAGGACCCGGAUCCGCCGCUCCCUCCCAUGGAAUCUCGGGCCGCCGCCGCCAGCGCCAUCUACCGGCAGGACCCGGAUCCGCCGCUCCCUCCCAUGGAAUCUCGAGCCGCCGCCGCCAGCGCCAUCUACCGGCAGGACCCGGAUCCGCCGCCCGUCCCAUGGAAUCUCGGGCCGCCGCCGCCAGCGCCACCUACCGGCAGGACCCGGAUCCGCCGCUCCCUCCCAUGGAAUCUCGAGCCGCCGCCGCCAGCGCCAUCUACCGGCAGGACCCGGAUCCGCCGCUCCCUCCCAUGGAAUCUCGAGCCGCCGCCGCCAGCGCCAUCUAACGGCAGGACCCGGAUCCGCCGCCCGUCCCAUGGAAUCUCGGGCCGCCGCCGCCAGCGCCUUCUACCGGCAGGACCCGGAUCCGCCGCUCCCUCCCAUGGAAUCUCGAGCCGCCGCCGCCGCCAGCGCCAUCUACCGGCAGGACCCGGAUCCGCCGCUCCCUCCCAUGGAAUCUCGGGCCGCCGCCGCCAGCGCCAUCUACCGGCAGGACCCGGAUCCGCCGCUCCCUCCCAUGGAAUCUCGAGCCGCCGCCGCCAGCGCCAUCUACCGGCAGGACCCGGAUCCGCCGCCCGUCCCAUGGAAUCUCGGGCCGCCGCCGCCAGCGCCACCUACCGGCAGGACCCGGAUCCGCCGCUCCCUCCCAUGGAAUCUCGAGCCGCCGCCGCCAGCGCCAUCUAA